GUCCUAUUGCACUUCUCAGGUUGCUUUUGCUGAACACCUCACCAUCCACGUCCUCACUGUACAUAUAUUCACAUAUUCACGCAUAGUCCAGAUCAAACAGCUCAAGUUUAUUGCUGCUCAUGAUCACAUUUCUCAGUUUUCAGCUUUUGUUUGCCGCAUGCAAUUUUACUUUGCCUGAGAAAACUUCAGGGGUAUGUGCACGCGUGGAUACCUGCCAGUACGAAAGUCUCCAUACAAAAGGCGUCCAUCGCCAGUUCAGCUCCCACUUUUAAGGAGAACUUUCAACUCUCCCGCACGCAAACGCACUUCCGAGAGGGAAAGUCUGCCAACAUGCGAAUGUCCAGGAACGGAGAAAAAGCUCUAGCUGUCCUGUUGCUUAGCAUGGACUAUACACCAUAUGUCCUCGCAGACGACUGUCAGAAGUACUUAGUGGCGUAUCCCUUUGCGGGCGGCGACAACGGUAAGAUGCGCAAAGUUGGGUUUUCUAUCGCCUUGAAGAAAAGCUGUCAUGUACUGGUUGACGACGAUGUCGACAAAAGCGAUCUCGAGAAGGCCGUUUUAAAGUUAAAACCCUGUUCAGACAUCAUCAAUAACGACUAUGUUUGCUGGAUAGUGGAGUACACGUCAGCGCUUGCAGGCAUGGUCCCGGCUAGGGCCGUAAACCACCUUGCGGAAGACAAAAUUACCAGAAUCUUCAAUUACUGCACCAGAAACCCCUGGAAAGACCCCACACUCACGGAUUACAAGCUUCCUCAGAUUCCUCAAUUGAGGCCGCUGGCACGGGCAUACGCUAAUCAUGUAAUAAAUGCACAUGAACUCUCUUCAAAGGACUGGGCAUCAUUGCACAGUCCAGCUGCAGGUCGGCGGCACCUCUCUCCCGUCGUCCAAUGCGAUUUUGGGAGCAGGCCAGAAAGUGAUGCCUGGUGGCAUGUUGCAUGCAACGUUCUGGACUGCGUGGAAUAGUCGCCAAAGCGGGUAGCAGGAGCUCAGUCUAAUGGCCAAAUCCAGUUCAACGACUGCAACAUCAUGACGCGUUCAACACGAGAGCUUGCAGAUCUUCAUUUCAUAGCAGAACGUAG